AUAUUUUGAAGAUCUUUGGUAUCAUGCUGUAAUCACAUAGCCUGUAAAUUUCACAGACACCAUGAGAAGCCGAAGGAAUGGUACCUUGGAGAGCUCAAAAAGUCUUUAUUCCAGUAUCUCUCGUAGUACAGACCUAUCAUACAACGAAAGCGAUUUGGUGUGCUUCAUUCAAGAGAACUUUAGGAAGAGAGAGUGUGUCUUUUUCACUAAAGAUGCCAAGUCAAUUGACCACCUGUGUAAAUGUGGGUACUUGAAAUCGCAGCACAUAGAAGGAACACAGAUUAACAAUAAUGAGAAAUGGAAUUAUAAAAAGCACACGAAAGAAUUCCCAACUGAUGCAUUUGGAGAUAUUGAAUUUGAAAACUUGGGCAAGACAGGGAAGUAUAUCCGUCUAUCCUGUGACACAGACUCUGAAACACUCUAUGACCUAAUGACCCAAUACUGGCACCUGAAAACACCCAAUCUCAUCAUCUCUGUAACUGGUGGAGCAAAAAAUUUUGCUUUAAAGCCACGUAUGCGUAAAAUUGUUAGCAGGCUGAUCUACAUUGCACAGUCUAAAGGGGCCUGGAUAUUCACUGGGGGAACUCAUUAUGGAUUGAUGAAGUACAUUGGGGAAGUUGUAAGAGAUAACACUAUCAGCAGGAGUUCAGAAGAGAAUGUGGUUGCUAUUGGCAUAGCUGCUUGGGGAAUGAUUUCUAACCGGGAGAGUCUAAUGAGAAACUGUGAUGCUGAGGUGCAUUAUUCAGCACACUACAUCAUGGACGAUUUCAAGAGGGACCCAUUGUACUGUCUGGAUAAUAACCAUACACAUCUAAUUCUGGUUGAUAAUGGUACUAAUGGAUAUCCAGCCAUAGAGGCCAAGCUCCGAACUCAGUUAGAAAAAUAUAUUUCAGAACGCAUUAUUCCAGAUUCUAACUAUGGUGGAAAAAUUCCGAUUGUGUGUUUUGUACAAGGAGGAGGAAAGGAAACUCUGAAAGCAAUUAACACAUCAGUCAAGAACAAAAUUCCAUGUGUGGUAGUAGAGGGUUCUGGCCAGAUUGCAGAUGUGAUUGCAAGCUUAGCGGAUGCAGAAGGCACACUUACCUCCUCGUCUGUCAAAGAGAGAUUGCUCCGCUACUUGCCUCGCACCCUUUCAAGGCUCACAGAAGAGGAAACUGAAAGUUGGAUCAGAUGGAUCAAAGAAGUGCUUGAAAAUCCUCAUCUACUCACUGUCAUUAAAAUAGAAGAGGCUGGGGAUGAAAUAGUGAGCAAUGCUAUUUCAUAUGCUCUUUAUAAAGCUUUCAGCACAAAUGAACAAGAUAAAGAUAAUUGGAAUGGGCAACUGAAAUUGCUUUUGGAGUGGAACCAGCUGGACCUGGCUAGUGAAGAGAUUUUUACAAAUGAUCGGCGCUGGGAGUCUGCUGACCUUCAGGAUGUCAUGUUUACAGCCUUGGUGAAGGAUAGGCCAAAAUUUGUUCGCCUCUUUCUAGAAAAUGGCUUGAACCUAAGGAAGUUUCUCAACAAUGACAUUCUAACUGAGCUCUACACCAACAACUUCAGCAGCUUGGUGUUUAAGAAUCUCCAGAUUGCUAAGAACUCCUACAACGAUGCUCUCCUUACUUUUGUGUGGAAGAUGGUGGAGGAUUUCAGAAGAGGUGUAAAAAAAGAGGACGGAAAUGGCAAAGAUGAUGUAGAGAUACAAUUGCUGGAUAUGUCUCUCAUUACAAGACAUCCCUUGCAAGCUCUCUUUAUUUGGGCUAUCCUUCAAAACAAAAAGGAGCUAUCCAAAGUGAUUUGGGAACAGACUAGAGGCUGUACUUUGGCAGCGUUAGGGGCAAGCAAGCUCCUGAAAAGCUUGGCUAAGGUAAAGAAUGAUAUCAAUGCUGCUGGGGAAUCAGAGGAAUUGGCAAAUGAAUAUGAGACAAGAGCUGUGGAGCUAUUCACUGAAUGUUACAGCAGUGAUGAAGAACUGGCUGAACAGCUUCUUAUCUAUUCCUGUGAAGCCUGGGGUGGAAGCAAUUGUCUGGAAUUGGCGGUGGAAGCCAAAGACCAACAGUUCAUUGCUCAGCCAGGAGUCCAGAAUUUUCUUUCGAAGCAGUGGUAUGGGGAGAUUUCCAGAGACACCAAGAACUGGAAGAUCAUUCUAUGCCUUUUGCUUUUCCCUUUAAUAAGCUGUGGCUUCAUCUCCUUCAGGAAGAAACCAGCUGAGAAGAGUAAAAAACUGCUGUUCUACUAUGCGUGGUUCUUCACUUCACCCUUUGUAGUCUUCUCUUGGACGGUUAUCUUCUACAUUGCCUUCCUCCUUCUAUUUGCUUAUGUCCUACUCAUGGAUUUCCAGAAGUCACCCACCAUGCUGGAACUGCUUCUCUACGUUCUGGUCUUCAUCCUGCUUUGUGAUGAAUGGUAUAUGAAUGGUAGUAAGUACUUUUCAGACCUGUGGAAUGUUAUGGAUACCCUUGGGAUUUUUUACUUCCUAGCAGGAAUUGUGUUCAGGCUUCACUCUUCAAAUGAAACAGCCUGGUACUCUGGCAGAGUAAUUUUCUGUUUGGAUUACAUCAUCUUUACUCUAAGACUGAUCCAUAUUUUCACAGUCAGCAGGAAUCUGGGCCCCAAGAUAAUUAUGCUUCAGAGGAUGCUGAUCGAUGUCUUCUUCUUCCUGUUUCUAUUUGCGGUGUGGAUGGUGGCGUUUGGUGUAGCCAGACAAGGAAUCCUACGAAAGAAUGAACAGCGCUGGGAAUGGAUAUUCCGAUCAGUUAUUUAUGAGCCGUACCUUGCAAUGUUUGGCCACUAUCCUACUGAUAUUGAUGGUACCACAUAUGAUUUUGAUCACUGUACAUACACUGGGAAUGAAUCCAAACCUCUUUGUGUAGAAGUGGAUUCCAACAACCUGCCCCGAUUCCCAGAGUGGAUCACCAUUCCAUUAGUUUGUAUCUACAUGCUGUCCACCAAUAUCCUCCUGGUCAACCUCCUAAUAGCUAUGUUUGGUUACACAGUUGGAUCAGUUCAAGAGAACAAUGACCAAGUAUGGAAGUUCCAGCGUUACUUCUUGGUUCAGGAGUACUGCAGCCGCUUAACUAUCCCCUUUCCAUUUGUCAUCUUUGCCUAUAUCUACAUGGUCUUGAGGAAACUACUAAAAUGCUGUUGUAAGAAUGAAUGUAAACAACCAUCAAUCUGCUGCUCGAGAAAUGAAGAUAAUGAAACUCUGGCAUGGGAAGCUGUCAUGAAAGAAAAUUAUCUUGUCAAAAUCAAUACAAAGGCUAAUGACUCCUCAGAAGUAAUGGCACAGCGGUUUAGACAGUUGGAUACGAAGCUGAAUGAUCUGAAAUGUCUUCUGAAAGAUAUUGCUAACAAACUCAGAUGAAAACAAUCUGGAUUGAAGAGAAAUAACAGCGGAACAUGCCUAACAGAGGGACAUCGCUGAAAUAACCAACAGUUGAUCAACCUGGCACCUGUUGAAUGAGAUGGAAAAUCUUUUUACCCAGACUCCCUUUCUCUUUUUAACAAAGGAUCUGUUCCUCUGGGUACCUCAUUAAAUCAUUUCCCCUCCAUUACAGUCUAAUAAUUUCAAGAGGAAAGUACAGAAGCUUUCUGAACCUAGAUGUUUAGAUAAGUGUUUGUCAUGUGGUAUUUUACUUAAGCUUACUGAGAUGUUAAUUAUAUGGCCAGCUGGACAUCUGCAGCUAUUACAAAACAUAAGCUAAAACAGCCAUUAGCAUUUCAAUGUCACAUGUAAUACUAAUAGCUUUAGAUGAUCACACAAGUAGAUAAUUGUGGAUUGGUGUAUGUGGCAUUUGAAAUUGAAGCUGGGUCCCCAUUCACAACUGAUGCUUUUAUGGUCAGGAAUAGACCUGACUAUACAUUACUUCAGUGGUUCUUAACCUUUGUUACUCGGAUGCUUUUGAACUGCAACUCCCAGAAACUCCAGUCAAGAC